AUGGGGAUGGUGGGGGUGGCCAGCGCCGAGCUCGUGCACGGGCAGGCGGCCCCCGACCUCGAGGUCUAUUAUGACGACGAGGCGAGCGUGGACAUGAAGGGGUUCUGGCUCGACGGGCCCAUGGACUCCUCCGCGCACGUGGACGCGCUGCCGGGGAUGGGCGGGGGCACCUUCCGGGCUGUGGGGAGCUUCAGGUCGGCCUUCUCGACUCGCGAGGCAGGGGGUUGGUUGAGCUCCGACGGCGGCUGGGUGCUGUACAUGGCCGACCAGGUGGGCCUCUACCUGUUCGGCUCCGCGUGGCCGUUGAUUGCCGGGCUCGUGGCGAUCCUCUUCGGCACUGGCGUGGUUGCACUCCUGGCCCGCAGCCUGAGGACGCUCUUCGCACCCUGCAGCUGGGCAGCCUGGACAUGCAGCCUGGUGCUGGCGUGCUGCCCCUGCCCGAGGCGCAAGACGCCUGGCGAGGCUAAGCUUGGCAAGCUGGUCCCGCCGGCGGCGCCGCCCCUCGCCGACGUGGUGUGGCGCGGCCCAGCCGUAGGUGCAGAUCCGACGACCGACUGGUACCGCAAGAGCAUCAAGGAGGGCAGGGGCUCCAAGCGCGGCCAGAACGACCUCCUGAUCAGGGUCGACUACCGGGUCGCGCGACUCAAGCUCAACAUGAAGUCCCCGGCGCGCAUCAAUCGCCAGGGAUUGUGGGUUGAGUAUGAUUCUGUGAAGGGCGCUAGCGACAAGGGCUUCAGGCGCGAGCUAGAGCAGCGCGAUCCGCGCUGGCUCCACCUGUGCCGCUCCACCAGCUGUGCCGGAUGUAAGGGGCGCGAGAACGAGCUGCACUGCAAGGAGUAUGCCGCCCUGCCCGGCGGAGCCCUGCUCCGCGGAGCCGCACGCCUGAGCGUGCCGCCGCGGCACCAGCCCGGAGCGCCCACCAGCCCGGGCGACCCCGUCCCUGCGCCGGCUGGGCCACCGAGCGUGCGCUUCGAGGCGCCGCCGGUUCCGGAGUUCCCCAAGCCGCCCACGCCGCCGCCCAUGCCCCUCGGGCGACGCUUCGUCGUUCGGGCGAGGGUACAGUGGCCAGAAGGAGCGCAGUGUAUGAUUUUCAGAGGGAGGGCGGCCGACGCCGUCGCGGCCAGCGCAGUGGCUGACUACCUCGACGGCGCAAUGGCUCUCGAGGUGGAGGACCCGACUGGCGCAACCAUCCGCUUUCUCGUGAAGCCUGACGGCGUCAUCCGUGCGCCUGCCCCAGGACCCUCAGAGCGUCUGCCAGCGGGGUUCAUCGAGGAGAUGCUCCACCACGCGCCCCUGGGCUGCGAGGAGCUCGGCGUCAGCGUCUCGGCGACCAACGUACCCGAGGAAGUCUGGCAUAAGCUGGCGGCGUGGCACGGGCUCCCCGUGGGCGGGCGAGCCGGGCCGCUCAGCGAGGCUCGCUGGCGGCUGCUCCGUGAGAAGGUGGUCAGCUUGGUCAGGUGGCACCCCGAGGGAGGCGUGGCGCCCAGUCCGAACUUCGAAGCGAGAGCUACAGAGGCUGACGCUAAGCUGCGCAGCCACUGGCAGCGGCUUGACCGCAGCAGCUCGCCCAGGCCACCAGCUGGGUCCACGCGCCGUGGCUCACGCUCCCCGUCCGCCGAGGGCGGGCGGGCAGCGAGCUCUGAAGCACCAGUAUCAGGAGAGAGCCAUCAAGGGGACGACGGCGGGGACAUGAUGGCAUGCUACUUGGAGGAGAAGGCCCGCGGGUCGAGCGACGCAGCGGCGGUGCAGAGUGUGGCCGCCGGCUUCGACGUGGAGGCCCAGCAAGUGCUCGCUGGCCUUGUCCGCUACGCCCAGCACCUCAAGCAGCAGACGACCGAGCCAGAGGAGCUCGCGCGGCUCGAUGGGCACAGCGGUAGUUGGGAGGCACUCCAGCAGGUGCCCUCACGACCUCAGACCCCAGAGGCGGCGCCGAGUAGCCUUCAGGGCCUCCUCAGGCUUCCGCCCGAGCGCCACCGCUCGCAGGGGCCGCCGGCCAUCCAGGCCGACAGCGCGCCCCUGUUCGAAGCGCGGCCACCCCUCUCGCCAGCAGCGGCCACGCCAGCCUUCACCUUCGGGCCGCGGGGCGCCGGCCUCCCAGCUACCGCGGCUGGGCUGGCCCCGGUCGUCCGCCCACAGGCUCCGAACAUCGGGGCCCUGUUCCGCUGCGACCAGCACGCCUGA